AUGACAAUGAAGAGCGAAGUGCUCGAACUUGAAACAAAAAUAAUAAACCAUGAUGCCUACGGAUCUUCGUACAAGUGGUCUCCAAGAGAUUUUGAGCUCGGAUCUUCACUAGGCCAAGGCAAAUUCGGACAUGUUCACGUAGCUAGAGAGAAAAAAACUGGAUUCCUUGUUGCCAUUAAGACUUUGUUCAAAUCUCAAAUCGUGAAAUCGAAAUGUGAACGACAAGUUAUGCGAGAAAUUGAAAUUCAGUCACAUUUGAAACACUCAAACAUACUUCGACUGCUGACGUGGUUUCAUGAUGAGAGACGCAUAUAUCUGGUUGUAGAAUUUGCAGCUGGUGGAGAACUGUACAAACAUCUCACAAAUUCACCCCAAGGACGUUUUCCAGAAAGUAAAGCAGCAAGAUACAUAUACCAGGUAGCUGAUGCUGUUGAAUACUGUCACCAACAUCAUGUAAUACAUCGUGACAUAAAACCAGAAAAUAUUCUGGUGGCUUUUAGUGGAGAUCUUAAACUUGCUGACUUUGGUUGGUCAGUCCAUGCUCCAUCUGAAAGACGUAAAACGAUGUGUGGAACCCUUGAUUAUCUGCCACCAGAAAUGAUAAAACGCGAAGUAUAUGAUGUGUCUGUUGACCACUGGUGCAUAGGGGUGUUGCUUUAUGAGUUUCUAGUGGGAAAGCCUCCAUUUGAAACUGAAGGUGAAGACAAGACAUAUGCAAGAAUAUUGAGUCUCGAUAUUGUAUACCCAAGUCAUAUACCUGAUGGAGCCAAGGAUUUGAUCUCAAAGCUUUUAAGACACUCGAGUAAAGAUAGAUUGUCCCUUGAAGGAGUAAAAAAACAUUAUUGGGUCCAACAAUUUCAGACAGUAUAG